GUUAACUAGUACUCUAUCCACUACAACUGACGGACUCAAACUAACAAUGGUCUAGCAUCGAUAUUCGAUAUCGUGCACUGAACAAGUUCCGCUCGAGGAUAGCUCGGAUCCGAUGAGUUUUUGCUUCAUGAUGUCAUGUAUAGCAAUUAGAAUUGCCACUAAGUAAAGGUGAGACAUCCGACUCUCGAAUUUCAUACAACUCAUUCUAUUCAAUCCACCAUCCGCCUUACGUUCUUUGCCACACAUCGAGACAUCCGAUGUUUCGAUUUUUGGGGCUUAAAAGCUCGACCUCUGCCAGGUCCCAGCCCCUUUCUUCACCUAAAGCAUCUCUAUCAUCCAUAACCUUAAACACACAUUCAGCUCUCCUUCAAUAUGUUCGCAAAGAAAAACCCUUCCAACGCAGAGAAAAUCCGCCAUCGCAUUCCAACCCCUCACUCAUCUCGCAUCUCCAAAUCUACUACCCAGCCAUCUGGACGCAACGUCUCGCGCAUCACCGACGAUUUUUCAACCAAUCCUACCGAUGAAUUCUCUCAUCCUUCUACUAUCUCUCUAAUAGAUUCUCAUCACUCUUCUCGCUCGAAGCGCUCGUCAUCCACGCGCAAGAAAAUCUCAUCUACAAAGCGACAUUCUUCAAGGCAGUCUAAGAACGGUCAAGAUAAAACUCCUGAUACCUCCCUAACGGCUGACGCUCUUGCCAACAUCGCUGCUUCGGACACAAAGGACUACCCCUGGCUUGACCUUUCCUUCCUGGACCGCGAGGGUACGCAAGCAGACUAUCUUUGCAACUACUGGCGCUACACGGUAGCUGAAAAUCAGGACAUUUGCCUCGACUUCUUCUUGAAUGCGAUAGAUGCGCACCAUUGUAAGCUGUGGCAAGGCUUUUCAGAUGACUAUGUGCCAUCCUGGGCGAAAUUCCUGGAAGUCAGAAGGGGUUGGGAAGGUAAUGAUGAACGAAAGUGGCAAUCCGGUGGCUGGAUUCGCGGAGACAACGGGCUAGAAUGGCGGCCAGGGCAUGUUAUGUUGAGGGUACCGAACAACGACUGGAUAGGCAGCAGUCAAGACGAUCAAGACAUUCCCAUCAGUCCGGGUUCAAGAAACUGGAAGGACGAUGAAAUUUACGUUCCCACUGAGGACCGUGAAGAUUACGGAGCUAUCGGCGACCCAUCUCCCGAGCGGGGAAGGCAGCUGCAUCGUGAGCAAGGUUCGAAGCCUCGUCGACCAGUCAAGAGGUCCGUCUGCGAGUCCCGCCUCAUCGUCCCCCAUGUCACGUCGACGAACUCCAUUCUGGAUAUCCCACCAACACCUCCCAACACCUUGAACGAAGCUCAUGUUAUUCAACCCAUUCCAAUCACGCCAUAUACGUCUCCAUUCAUCACAACAUCCAAGUAUUACUCCCAACGUCUCUGGACGGGGAGUAAGCACACCUUUUACUUGUGCCCAUCCUCUUCCCAGAUACCUCGCACUCCAUCACGUUGCCCUCCGUCUGUUAUGAAACAUGAUCCGAGCAGUGCGCUAUCGAUGCCUCAGGUGUCGACGAAGGCGUCCAGAGUGUCAUAUGCUCCUCUGGUAACACCCGACCGCACUUGCAAGUCCUCUCAUCGCCCUCGGCGUAUUAUCACACCCACCCCUCCUCGAGUAUUAAGCCAGCCGUUACCUGGUACAAUAUCCCGGGUUCCACGUAUUGAUAGAAAGCUCGGAUUUUUUAACAUGAAUAUGGACCAAAAGUUGGCUGAGAUCGACCGGUUGAUCAAGUCCAUGACGAGAAUGCAGUCGUAGCUGGACUCGACUGUUAUCAACUCUUGGACAUACUGUGUAUCGUUACUCAUUUAUAGACUACUAACAGAUAUAGCUCAAAUAAAAUCUUGCUUUACUAUUUGCGAUGCUCGAAGCUUUCCAUCUCUCCUGUUCAACUGACCUUCUUUCUAAC